AAAUAUCGAUAUUUUACUAGCCAAUAAAAAUCAAAAUUAAUGGCAUUUGUCAUUUUAAUUUGAUUUCUAUAUUUUCACUUCUAACUUCUAUUAAUAACUCAUUGAAUGAUAUAUCAUCAUUUAAAAUGUGGAAUGUUUAUUUAUUUUGUGCUAUUUUUCUAAUUUUGUUUAUAACUAGAAAAUUAUAUUUAAAUAUAUAUAGGGUACAUAAAAAUGUUUGUAUUAUUGUUUUUGGAGAUUUGGGCAGAAGUCCUAGAAUGCAAUAUCAUGCAUUAUCAUUUGCGAAAGAAGGUUUUACAGUAGAUAUUAUAGGUUAUCCUGGUUCGAUACCUUUAAAAGAAAUAAGAGAAAAUUCUUAUAUACAUAUUUAUUAUCUUUAUUCCUUUCCAAAAAUAGAAAAUAAAUUAUCUCCUUUAUCUUAUUAUAUGGCAAAAACAAUAUGGCAAACAUUUAAUCUUUUAUGGCUUUUAUUUACUAAAAAAUUAUCAAAUUAUAUUUUGGUACAAAAUCCACCUUCAAUACCAACAAUUCCCAUUUGUUGGUUUUAUUCUAUUAUUGUUGGUUCACAAUUUAUUAUUGAUUGGCAUAAUUAUGGAUAUACUCUCAUGGCAUUAAAUUUAAAAAAUGACCAUUUACUUGUAAGAUUUGCAAAAGCAAUUGAAAUGUAUUUUGGUUCUAAAGCAAAUUAUAAUUUCUGUGUAUCUCAAACAAUGAAAAAAGAUUUACAAUUAAAAUGGAAAAUUAUUGCAGAGGUAUUAUAUGAUCGUCCAAGUAAUGAAUUUCAACCUAUAUCACUAAAAGAAAAACAUGAAUUUUUAUUAAAAUUAAGUUACAAAUAUGAUAUAUUCAAAGGAUCAAAAGAAAAUUCAACUAUAUUUACAGAAUGUAUUAAAAAUGAAAUAAAACUAUCUUGCAAAAGACCGGGUUUCAUAGUAUCAAGUACAAGUUGGACAGAAGAUGAAGAUUUUUCAAUAUUAUUAAAUGCAUUACAAGAAUAUGAAAAUUCAAUUGUACAAGAUUUGUACAAUUUGCCUGAUUUAAUUUGUAUAAUAACUGGUAAAGGUCCUUUAAAAAAUUUUUAUACAACUAUUAUAAAAUUAAAAAAUUGGAAACAUGUUACAAUAAUAACACCUUGGCUUGAAAACGAAGAUUAUCCAAAAAUGUUAGCUAGUGCAGAUUUAGGUAUUUGUCUUCACAUAUCAUCUAGUGGAUUAGACUUACCAAUGAAAGUUAUUGAUAUGUUUGGUUGUGAAUUACCAGUUUGUGCAUAUAAUUUUCAAUGUUUAUCAGAACUUGUUAGACACAAUGAAAAUGGCAUGAUUUUUUUAAAUGACAAAGAAUUAGCAAAACAAUUAAUAUCAUGGUUUGAAAACUUUCCUAAUAAUCAAUGUAAAUUAGAUAAGAAAUUUCGAGAAGAAUUGCAUAAAUUUCAAAAAAAUCGAUGGCACGGUAUUCUAUCGCAAGAAAUAAGCUAUGAUUUGAAUAAAAUAUAUCCAGGAAAAUAUGAUAGUUAUAUUGCUGCAUCAUAUGUAAAAUUUAUUGAAGGAGCUGGUGCGAGAGUUGUUCCAAUUUGGAUCGGAAAGAAUAAGUCGUACUACGAAGAACUUUUAAAUAAAAUAAAUGGAGUUUUAUGGCCUGGUGGAUCAACAUAUUUUAACCAAAGUAAUGGAUAUGCAGAUGCAGGCUAUAUGAUUUAUAACAUUAUGAAAAAGAUGAAUAAAAAUGGUGAUUAUUUUCCACUUUUUGGAAUAUGUUUGGGAUUUGAAUUGUUAACAUAUGUUGCUGCUAAUCGCGUUGAACACAGAACACAUUGUAAUAGUAUGAAUCAACGACUUCCAUUAGAAUUCACAAAAGAUUUUCGAAAUAGUAGAAUGUUUGGCAAUACUUCAUCUAAUGUUAUAGAUAUAUUAAAAACUAAGAACGUGACAGGAAAUUAUCAUAAAUAUUGUAUUACAAUAAAAAAUUUGGAUGAUGUUGGUAUAAGAAAAAAAUUUCGGAUAUUGUCUUUAAAUAAUGAUCCGACUAAAAUUCGAUUUAUUUCUUCAUUAGAACAUGUUACUUUACCUUUUUACGCUUUGCAAUUUCAUCCUGAGAAGAAUUUAUAUGAAUGGAUUAAAGGAAAAAAAAUUCCGCACGGGAAAGAUUCCACUAUAAUUGCACAAUAUUUUGCUGAUUUUUUUGUUAACGAAGCACGUAAGAAUAAUCAUAAAUUUGAUGAUGAAGAUGAGGAAUCUCGGAGUUUAAUUUAUAAUUAUCCAAUAACUUAUACUGGAUUGAAGAAAUCUACAUUUCUUCAAUGUUAUUUAUUCAAGAAAACCGAUACAAUAUAAUUUAUUGAUAUAUUUAAUUUUAUCUAAUUUAAAUUUCAUUUUAUAAUUAUAAUUUAAAAUUGAGAUUUUUUUUCCAUUUUUUCUAAUUAUAUAUAAUAGAAAAAUAAUUAUGAUGAUGUAUUUUUUAAAUAAAAAUGAACUCAUUAUAAAAAA